AUGUGUAAGUCAUGCACUACGGUCCGACCCAACAGAGGUCAAAAGCUGACCGCGGGGGUGGGGGGGUGCGGACUGUGUAUUGCAGUGGGAUACAUCAGUUCGUUCGCGGCCGUUGGUUUCGGCGUGAGGUGUUACCAGUUGGCGAUCAUGAAGCGCAACAUCUUUGACAGUGCGUUCCGGUUGAAUUUUGUCUCUGUGUGACACUGUUAUUGGAUGCUGACACGAUACCUCUAUGCUCGCGUGCUCGAUUCGAUCCGCCUAACCGUUCCUCGACGCUCGUCGCUCGCUCGUCAUCCUGUGGAUCUGUAUGGGAUUCUUUCCUCGUUCCAAUCCCACUCGACAUAUGAUAGACUUGGGAGGCCACGCGCUAUCCGUCGCGGCAUUCACAGGGCUCGGCUACUACCUAUACCACGCCGAGUAAGCAUCUUUAGAGCCCUAAUGCAGCUACGCCUUUCCCCUUGGGAGAGCCAUCACUCAUUCCCACCACCCCGGUCUCAUCUCAAAGGGAACGACAACGAGGCCUGAUUGAGGACAAGAAGGCACAGCUGUUGAGGAUGAGGGCGAGGGAAACCAGGUUGGCGGAGGAGUAUGCCGCUUCCAUGUCCGAGGAGGAACAUCAUUAG